AUGAUCUUCUCCGGAGAAUUCCAUCCAUUCCGUCUCCCAGUUCCGGACCUCUGGCUCGAUGUUUUCCAGAAAAUCAAAGCGAUGGGCUUUACCGGAGUCUCUUUCUACGUCGACUGGGGCCUCGUGGAGGGGAACCCUGGACAUGUUGUAAAUGACGGCAUUUGGAGCUUAGAGAAAUUCUUCCAAGCUGCGACCGAAGCUGGUAUAUAUCUCAUCGCUCGUCCAGGUCCAUAUAUCAAUGCAGAGACAACCGCUGGGGGAAUACCAGGAUGGGUUCUACGAAUGAAUGCAACAAUUCGCUCCAAUGAUCCUGAGUAUCUCAAUGCGACGGCCAAAUAUAUGUCAACCUUGGGCGGCAUCAUUGAAAAGGCCCAAAUCACGCAUGGUGGACCCGUCAUUCUGGUACAGCCUGAGAAUGAGUAUACGACGUGGCCGGACGUUACCGACUUCCCAUCUCAGAUGAACAAAGAGUAUAUGGCUGCUGUUGAGCAGCAGCUUCUGGAUGCUGGUAUUACUGUACCGUUGAUCGUUAACGAUAAUGAAGUCGAGGGUUACUGGGCACCAGGGUCUGGACUAGGAGCUGUCGAUAUCUAUGGGAUUGAUGCAUAUCCAAUGCGCUAUGAUUGUGCCAAUCCUAGUGUAUGGCCAACGUAUAGAUUUCCACACAACUGGCAAAUUCUUCAUGAGCAACAAAGCCCAGCUACGCCGUUCGCCAUUGCUGAGUUUCAAGGCGGAUCCGGUGAAGGCUGGGGAGGCGUGCUUGAGAAAAUGUGCGGUGAACUUGUGAACGAGGAAGCCGUCCGGGUAGUGUACAAGAACAACUACAGUUUCGGCGUGAAGAUUUUCAACAUCUAUAUGACAUAUGGUGGCACAAACUGGGGAAAUCUGGGCUAUAUGAACGGAUACACAUCAUACGACUAUGGUGCAGCAAUAACAGAAGAACGCGGAAUCUGGCGUGAAAAAUUCAGCGAAGAAAAGCUAGAAGCAAACUUCCUCAAAGCAUCACCCGCAUACCUGACAGCAACUCCCGGAAUAGGGGUCAACGGAUCCUACGGAGCUCCAGCUACGAUCGCAGUAACCCCUCUACUGGGAAAUGGCACACACACGAACUUCUACGUCAUUCGACAUGCCGACUUCAGCUCCAAAGACGUCACUCAGUACACCAUUACCCUGCCGACAAGUAUUGGAAGUGUCACCAUCCCUCAGCUGGGUGGCAGUUUAACGCUGUACGGUCGUGAUUCUAAAUUUCACGUCACGGAUUACGAUCUAGGCGGCAUGAGUCUGAUCUAUUCUUCAUCAGAAAUCUUGACUUGGGCUCGGGGUGCCGGAUCAACACGUGUACUGAUCCUGUAUGGUGGAACUGGCGAAAAGCACGAGUUUGCCCUUGCUCGUCAUCUUGGAAACCCGACUGUAGUUGAGGGGGAUGGAAUAACAAUCAGACUGAAAGGCUCGACCUCGGUGAUACAGUGGGAGGUUAAGCCGGAUCGCCGCGUUAUUCGCAUUGGAGACUUGGAGGUCCAUCUGCUCUGGCGGAAUGAAGCAUACAACUAUUGGCCUUUGGAGGUCACUGCUGCAGAGCCGAUCGGGAAUUUUCCUUCGCCAUCUAAGGAGUUAAUUAUUGUCAAGGCAGGUUACUUGAUGCGCAGUGCAAGGUUUUGCGGUGAAAAUGUUUGUUUGACCGGCGAUGUUAACGCGACGACGGAGAUUGAGCUGAUCUCCUCGCCGGCGAAGAAUGUCAGGGGAAUUCUAUUCAAUGGAGAACAGUUGAAGACUUCCAGGACAGUAACCAAUAAGCUGUCCGCUACGGUCAAAUAUCACCCGCCACGACUAGAUAUCCCUGCUCUUGAAGAUCUUUCGUGGAAGUACUUGGAUACAUUGCCUGAAAUUGCCCCCUCGUACGAUGAUUCGAGAUGGACCAAUUGUUCAAAGACGUUAACGAACAAUCCUCGGGAUCUGAGCACACCAACAAAUCUAUAUGCCAUGGACUAUGGGUUUCACACGGGCUCACUGAUUUACCGCGGUCAUUUUACCGCAAAUGGACAAGAGUCAAACCUGUGGUUGAACGUCUCCGGUGGCACAGGUUUCGGCUAUUCAGUCUGGCUGAACGACAUGUUUCUUGGGUCAUGGCCUGGUAGCAGCGCAAAUUCCACAGUCACUCAAGACAUACCAAUUACUAAGGAUCUCACUGUCGGGAAAUCUUAUGUCUUGACUUUUCUACUUGAUAACAUGGGCCAGGAUGAAGAGGCACCAGGCACAGAUGUGAUCAAGUUCCCGAAAGGCAUUCUAGGCUAUGAUCUUUCAGGGCACAACCAGUCAGAUAUCUCGUGGAAGGUUACUGGUAAUCUUGGCGGGGAACAGUAUCACGAUAUGGCCCGUGGUCCAUUGAACGAGGGAUCGAUGUAUGCCGAGCGACAAGGCUACCAUUAUCCAAGGCCACCUAACGCUGAUUGGAGAGUUUCAAAUCCGGUUAGGACUGGACUUGCUGCGCCGGGCGUUGGCUUUUACACAACUUCCUUCAAGCUGGAGAUUCCGGAUGGGUGGGAUGUCCCGAUGAGCUUUGUUUUCAAUUCAUCAACAAAUGCGCACAAUAUCCAGGGUGAUUCCAACUAUCGUUGCCAACUGUUUGUCAACGGUUACCAGUUUGGAAAGUACAUCAACAAUCUCGGCCCUCAGACGUCUUACCCGGUCCCCGAGGGCAUUCUGAACUAUAGCGGAACCAACUAUGUGGCCAUUACUCUCUGGGCACAAGAUGCAGAGGGGGCACGGCUAGGUGGAAUAUCUCUAGUACCGACGGCAGUCAUCCGCUCUGGCUACAGCAAGCCAGGACUUGCGCCACAGCCCUCGUGGACACGUCGACCAGGAGCGUAUUAG